AUGACUACCGUCGCUUCUACCGCCACCGACGUCCCAGCCUGGAAGUUGCGGCUUCGUGGUGCCCAGGCUCAGGCUAAGGCUAAGACUCAAGAAUCUCAAGGCAGCAUUAACAUUACGGCGUACUUGGCCAACCUUGAGUCCUUUGGCAUUGACCAUCAAAGUCUUCACAGUGCCGACGAUAGCAUUGAGCAACUGAAACAGCAUGCGGUGAAGCUAAAGGAACAUUUGACAUUACUCCGUGCAAACCCAACCUCUGAUGACAAAUUUGAACCCAUCACCAGGGCCCUCAUUGAUGAUCAUCGAAACCUAAGUGGCGAUGUCAAGGCCGUCACGGAUAAGCUUCAGGACGACAAAGUGGACAAGCAAAUGGCCAUGGAGAAGAUGAGAGAAGCUCGCCAGCGAGCAAAGAAGCAGUCUAUCGAUAGUAUCGAUAGGUCAUAUGAUAACGCUGUUGAAAUUACUGACCAUCAACCAGAGGACCAACAAGAGAUGGUAGCUGAUGCGUGGGUACUCAUCUAUGACCAGUUUCUAAAAUUCACGGAUAAAAUUUUCAAUCUUUUCUUGGACAUGCAUAACGCUAUUUCGCAGUGGCUUGAAGAUGUCUGGAAAAAGGUCAAAGAGGCGUGGAACACGAUGAAGGGGGCCUUCGUGGAGAUAUAUCAAUGGUUCAAUGACUUAUUUGGUUACGCGUAG